AUGUCGUUCCCAAUGCGCCGAUCAGUGGUGCCCCUCUUCGACUCCUCCACUCGAGCAUACUGUUCCCCGCGAAUGUUCUCGACGGCUUCUGCCUUGCUCCAUCGAAUCGCCAAUCCUACAAUACCAAGUACCUCCAUCAAGAUCUUCCGAGAUGUACCUGCGCUUCGCCAAUGGCGUCGCAAACAACUAAUCGAUUAUCGAACGGUUGGUCUUGUGCCAACUAUGGGAGCUCUUCAUGAGGGUCACUUAUCACUCAUUCGUCUUGCCGCUGCAGAUAAUUCAAAUGUGAUAGUGAGCAUCUAUGUCAAUCCAACUCAAUUCGGCGUUCACGAAGAUCUUGAUAGUUAUCCGAAGACAUGGGAAAAGGAUUGCAAGAUGUUGAAGGAUCUCGACAUGGAAUUAGCUGAUAAUGGAAACAUGGGAAAGAUUGCCGCGGUAUUUGCGCCUACAACAGAGACAAUGUAUCCUAGUGGGCCGCCGAGUCAAGAAGUUAAAGCGAAAGGGAGCUUUGUCACAAUCACACCGGUUGGAGAGCUGUUGGAGGGGGCCAGUCGGCCAACAUUUUUCAGAGGAGUGGCUACUGUUUGUAUGAAGUUAUUUAAUAUUGUUAUGCCAGAGAAGCAUCAAUUGAAGCCCGAGGAACGAGUAAGGUUCGAGUUGGAUUAUAUAUCAUUGACGGAUCCUAUGAACAUGGAAGAGAUCCAGGAAGUUGACGAAACGAAAGGCGCAAUUUUGAGUGGAGCGAUAAAGAUGUUGCCAGUAGAAGCACCACAACCUGGAGAGGAUCUUGGUUUGUCUGAUGGGCCUCCAAGAAACACGGGAUUCAAGAGAGGUUUAAAUAAGUCACUUAUUAAAGAUCUUUGGAGUUUCUUAGAUUUGUGA